UGUUCAGAUCAAGACGACAUCAGGUUGGUGGGAGAGGCCAGCCGAUGUGCCGGGAGACUGGAGAUGAUACAUCAUGAAGAGUGGAGACCAGUGGCUGUUUGGUCUCAUUACUGGAACAUGAACUCAGUUGCUGCAGUUUGUGCUGGACUGGACUGUGGUUCUGCUGUUUCAGCAAGAGAUUCAGAGGAAGCUUCAAAGAGACCAGUUUGGAGGAUCAGUUCUGACUGUUUCCAAUCAGGAUCUGCAUUAAAGAACUGUUUACCUUUUGAUGGAGACAAUAAUCAGAGCCAUGAGUUCAUCUGCUCAGACUCAGUCAGGCUGGUUCAAGGGACCAACCGGUGCUCAGGCAGACUGGAGGUGAAGACCAACCAGUCGUGGUCCUCAGUGUGUGAAAAAGACUUUGACCUGCAGGAUGCAGAGGUGGUCUGCAGGGAGAUUAGCUGUGGGCCUCCUUCAGUCCACCAGGGGGCGCUCUAUGGAGAAGCAGAGGCUCCAGUGGGGAGCAGAGAGUUCCUGUGUGAAGGCAGUGAGUCUGCUCUGCUGAAGUGCAGCAGCAGGAAGAGUUCAGGUAGAAACAGCUGCUCACCUGGUCAAGCUGUUGGACUCACCUGUUCAGACAACAUCAGGUUGGUGGGAGAGGCCAGCCGAUGUGCCGGGAGACUGGAGAUGAUACAUCAUGAAGAGUGGAGACCAGUGGCUGUUUGGUCUCAUUACUGGGACAUGAACUCAGUUGCUGCAGUUUGUGCUAAACUGGACUGUGGUUCUGCUGUUUCAGCAAGAGAUUCAAAGGAAGCUUCAAAGAGACCAGUUUGGAGGAUCAGGUCUGACUGUUUCCAAUCAGGAUCUGCAUUAAAGAACUGUUUACCUUAUGAUGAAAUCAGUGAUCAGAGCCUUGAGUUCAUCUGCUCAGACUCAGUCAGGCUGGUUCAAGGGACCAACCGGUGCUCAGGCAGACUGGAGGUGAAGACCGACCAGUCGUGGUCCUCAGUGUGUGAAAAAGACUUUGACCUGCAUUAUGCAGAGGUGGUCUGCAGGGAGAUUGGCUGUGGGUCUCCUUCAGUCCACCAGGGGGCGCUCUAUGGAGAAGCAGAGGCUCCAGUGGGGAGCAGAGAGUUCCUGUGUGAAGGCAGUGAGUCUGCUCUGCUGAACUGCAGCAGCAGGAAGAGUUCAGGUAGAAACAGCUGCUCACCUGGUCAAGCUGUUGGACUCACCUGUUCAGACAACAUCAGGUUGGUGGGAGAGGCCAGCCGAUGUGCCGGGAGACUGGAGAUGAAACAUCAAGAAGAGUGGAGACCAGUGGAUGUUUAUUAUAGUUACUGGAACAUGAACUCAGUUGCUGCAGUUUGUGCUGGACUGGACUGUGGUUCUGCUGUUUCAGCAAGAGAUUCAGAGGAAGCUUCAAAGAGACCAGUUUGGAGGAUCAGUUCUGACUGUUUCCAAUCAGGAUCUGCAUUAAAGAACUGUUUACCUUUUGAUGGAGACAAUAAUCAGAGCCAUGAGUUCAUCUGCUCAGGUCUGCUGGUUGAGCCGCUCAUCUUCCUGUCUUCCUCCACUGACGGGGUCUCCACAGGCAGAAAGCAGGGGUCUGAGCUCCUCAUUGGCUCAAAUUUCAGCAUCAUCUGCUCCAUCAGACCUCAGUAUGAAGGCGGCUCCUUCCAGCUCAUCUUCAGCACCUCUAACUACACUCAGAACCAGACCCUGCCAGCUGUUAAUCACUCCGCCCUCUUCCUGUUCUCUGCUGCUGGCCACGCCCACCAAGGAACCUACCGCUGCGUUUACCACGUCUACGUUUUCUCCUAUAACUUCUCCUCUAUCAGCCAGCCUCUCAACCUCACUGUCUCAGGCAAACUCAUGGAGUCCAUCAGGAAAAGUUCUGCUUCAGUUUCAGCCUCUCCCACUGCUUUGAUCAUCAGGACUGGUUGUCGUCCUGCUGGGCCAGGAGAAACCAGAAGUCUGGACCAGAAAACAACCAUCAUGAUGAAGGAUCCAGAGCUGAAGGCAGCUUAG